UAUAUAUGUACCUAGGUACCUAAGCCUUACAGGUACGGGUCCCGUCUCUUGUACUAUGUAUUGUUGCCUCAGCCUUUCCAGAAUUCAAUUCGCAGCAUUCAACAACGUCAGAGCUUUGAUACCUGAUACAAACAACACCACCAAUCCUGGCUUUUAUUAGCAACUGAAGACCGGCCUUCGCCAGAUCCCCCACCAUGUCUCGCCGCUACGAUUCCCGAACCACUAUCUUCUCGCCUGAAGGUCGCCUGUAUCAGGUCGAAUAUGCGCUAGAAGCCAUAUCCCACGCUGGAACUGCGAUCGGAAUCCUCGCCAAAGAUGGCAUCGUCUUAGCCGCAGAGCGCAAGGUCACAUCGAAGCUGUUAGAGCAAGAUACUUCAGCGGAGAAGCUCUACAUCCUGAAUGACAACAUGAUCUGUGCAGUCGCGGGCAUGACAGCCGACGCAAACAUCCUCAUCAACUAUGCCCGACAAGCCGCCCAACGGUACCUCCUAACCUACAACGAAGACAUUCCAUGCGAGCAGCUGGUGCGAAGACUGUGCGAUCUCAAGCAAGGCUAUACUCAACACGGUGGACUACGACCGUUUGGCGUGUCAUUCAUCUAUGCGGGAUGGGAUCCCCAGCGACAAUUCCAGCUCUACCUGAGCAACCCUUCGGGUAACUACGGCGGUUGGAAGGCGACAAGUGCCGGUGCCAACAAUGCAAGCGCUUCAAGUUUGUUAAAGCAGGACUACAAGGAGGAUUGUACGUUGAAGGAGGCCUGUGGUAUGGCGGUUAAGGUGCUAAGCAAGACAAUGGACUCAACGAAACUGAGCAGCGAAAAGAUUGAAUUCGCAACGGUGGGACAGACAAAGGACGGUAAGAUCUACCACCGGCUUUGGAGCGCGGAUGAAAUCACUGCGCUCUUAAAGGAGCAUGACCUCGCAAAGGAUGAGAGCGCGGAAGAUAAAUAAGGGAGAUUUCUAGAUGAUAGACUUUCCGUCGGUUUAAAAGCACCCGGAGUUAGUCAUGUAGGUAUCAAUAUCAAAUGAUAGGAACAUCAGCUGAGUUGACGUUGGUAUAUUAUAUACCUUAGAUUAGGUACAUAUACCACGUCCGGGUCAACCGUUUUGUGCACCGCGGUAUUGGGAGCUUCAGCUGAUCCAGGACUGUUUAUUCCGUAAUCCUGGACGAGUUAUAGAUACGUGAAAGAAGAUAAUGCUCAAGACUUCUUCGAAAUGCCAUGCCCGUCAUACACGUAACUCUCCCAUGUCUACCUGAGGUUAGGUAGGUUAGGUACCUACCUAGGCACCCAAAAGGCCAAAACAGUUCCAAGUACGAAGCUUGUUUCUACCAGCAGUGAUGUGAUUACUUUAGGUACCUAUGUACCCGAAGGUUACCUAGGUAGGUACCUAGGAGGUAGGAGGUACCGGGCACUUUAUUAUCGGACACAAUGUUGAUCCCUCCGACCUGAGUUGGGCAGAGUACCUAGGUAUCUACCUCUUUCCACCAUCCAAAAGCCAAUUAGUGCCUCCACAUGUCGCA